AUUUCGGUUUUCCUCCCAGUACCAAUUGUAGGACGACCAGGCGACAGUACGAUAGUGCCCCGGUUUCAUUGGCGUCGUACAGCUUCUUCCCACCGAUCGAACGACAUGGCGAUGAAAUGGCUUCGCACCGCCAAGCCGAGUGUGCACUCGAGCAGGAGUCUGACAGCGUUGGAUGAGCCGCUGGCAUUGGCGGACGCGAUGCGGCAUGGUGCGCUCAUUUUGAACGAUGAGGUCGACAAGGCGGAAGCAGAGUUGUCCAAGGGAACGUCGCCCUUUCAUAUGCUGGGCGCGGCGACGACCUUGUUUCUCCGCGCGACGCUGGGCUUUGAAAAGGAUAUUAUGGCUCAAGCGGCCUCACGAUUAGCCGAGGCGGAAGCGUCGGCCAGCGAGCACCAGAAGCGUGCUGUGAAGGAUUCCUCGACGGGCCAUGAGAGCAAAAUCUACCCACGAGGCUCCGAAUAUGCCUUGUGUCAUGCCGAGGCGCAGUUGAUGGCCGCCGUGGUCGCGGUGUUGCACGAGAGCUUGACUGAGUCGCUGAAGGGAUUCUACAAGUUGAGAAAGGCGUUUGGGACGCUCCAGGAGAUUGUAGAGGCUGAGCACAAGUACCUGGAGAAGCAUCAUUCCGGCUCAGGAUCUUCUUCGCUGGUCACUACUAGAACGGCUACUAUUACUCCGCCAGAGAAUCAUUCCGGCUCUACAUCUGGAGUCUUGACCCCCGUUGAAGAUGAGGAGGACGACUUCAAGGAUGCGGUCGAGGAGUUUCUCGACGACCAGGCGACACUGCACGAAUAUCAAGAUCAUCUGGAUUUGAGCGGACUUCGGUUGCAGGAGUCCCUUCAAGGCAUCGAAAGGCGUGCAGAUGAGCUGAAUUUUAGAGCUAUCACCGAUGAUCCGAUCGAUAUCUUCAUACAUUCGGGAGCUGCUCUAUGUUUUGGGUUACUGCAACUGCUGCUCUCGUUGGUACCUCCGGCUUUCAGCAAGAUCCUAUCCAUGUUCUCCUUUCGCGCCAUCGAUCGCGAGAGUGCUCUCGGUCUGCUGUGGCGAGCGACGGCUUUCAAGCAGAAUCUCAAUGGGGGCAUGGCUGGCCUCUGCCUGUUGCCCUUUUACAAUGCUGCGGUUGCGCUCUGUGAGAUCCACCGGAGAGAGGCUUACCCCAAACAGCGGCUGCAAAAUCUGCUUGCGGAGAUGAGGCAACUCUAUCCGCGGUCAAUCAUGUGGAUUUUGGAAGAGUCGCGUAUGCGUGGCUUGGAUCGAGAUCUCGAAGGUGCACUUGGUCUCCUUACGCGCGACAAAGACACAACUUCGUCUAUGAAGCAAAUGGAGGCGCUGCGGGUGUUUGAGAUGAGUAUGGCGUACAUGUUCUUGCAUCGCUAUGAGGAGUGCGCGACAUCUUUUUUGCGAUGCAUUGAACUGAACAACUGGAGUCACGGACUGUACUACUAUCUCGCGGGAUCCUGCUACGUGGAGCUCUACCGCGAAUAUAGACAUACCAACGCGAAGCUGGCAGACUCGUAUCGGGACAAGGCGAUGCAUGUCCUGAAUCAAGUUGCUGCCAAUACGGGCAAGAAGAAGUUCAUGGCACGACAGCUGCCCUUGGAUGUAUACAUUUCGCGCAAGCUGGCCAAAUGGCAACAGCGUGCCCAUGUACGUGGAUGCGAUUUAGUGGAUGCGAUCGGUGUCUCUCCCAUCGAGGAGAUGAUUUACUUCUGGUCGGGCUAUCGCAGGCAGUCUGACUCUCACUUGAAAGAGUCCAUGGCACGACUCGCGUGGUCAUUCAAUCAGCCGACAUGGCCGAAUGAAGCCAUUGACGAAAAGGCCAUUCUUGCAGUCCUCCAGUCCACAGUUCUACGCAAUCUGGGACAAACCGACCAGGCGAAGACCAUGCUGGCCGAGCACGCAUUUUGUUAUGAGCCUCAUCAGAUCACCGCCUGCGAUCACGCCGAUUCGUGGGCGUUACCUGUCGCGCACUACGAGCUCUGCGUCUGUCUGUGGAACGAAGCAGGUGGCCAGGACGGCGAUCGCGCGAAGCUCCAAAUGUGCAGCGAGGAGCUUGCGAAGGUGGAAAAUUGGGGCAGUUUUGAACUCGAUGCGAGAGUUGGCUUGAAGUUGACGACUGCUCGACAGACUCUGACCCAGACUGGAAUCAGUUGAUGAAGAUAUUCCACGGCAUCUCGAGUAAAUUCGGCAAAACAGCUGGAGGGGGGGUUGAAGAGGCCUCAUCAUGUACAACAUACAAUCCAUCUGAGAGAAGCAUCUCAUCAGUCAUAUUCACUCG